UAAAUCUCACAGGCCUCAGGUUCCUGUUUACAUUUUCAAACUCCAUCUGUCCUCUGUGAUUCUUUUCUUAAAGUGCAGGAUGAUUUGAAGACCAAACAUUGGAGAGAAAUAAAGAAGAACGGAGGGAACACACAGAGGGACAGAUGGUGGUGAAGCUGUGACAGGAUGAACGCACAUCUACAAACUCUUGCUAUCGCCAUUGGGAACAACACAUCUAUGAUGUAUAAUAACUCGCUGACAUGUUCGCAUGCUGAUGAGUCCUUCAAGUACUACGCCUACUGUGCCACCUACCUGGUCGUGUUUCCUGUUGCCUUUCUAUGCAACAUUGGCGCACUGGUGGUUUUCAUAUUGCAGAGUCUCCGCAGCUCCAGAUGCUCUACCUCCUGUGUGGUCAUGAUGAAUCUCGCCCUAUCGGACAGCUUCUUCUCCCUCACCCUCCCACUGCGACUGACUUAUUACUUCAGUGGUGGAGUGUGGCAAUUUUCUGAUUGGCUGUGUCGAGUAUGCUCCUACAGCUUUUAUGUCUACAUGUACACCAGCAUCCUCUUCCUCACUCUACUGAGCCUGUUCCGUUGGCUCGCCGUGGCCCAGCCCCUCCUUCACAGCUCUCAGGCCACACCCACUCGAACCAUAUUGGUCUGUCUGGGAAUCUGGGUGUUUGUGGCUGUUUCCUCUUCUCCCUUCUUGCUCGAAGAGACAGAAGACAGGUCGGGGCAUAGUAGUUGCUUCGAGCCGUCCAGUCAGACCUCUUGGGAGCAUCUCCUGAUCAUGAACUACGUAGGAUUGGCUGUGGGCUUCCUGCUUCCUUUCUUCACCAUCAUCAUCUGCUACAGCAGCCUCAUACGUCACCUGAUGGCCAAGUCUAGCCUCCGUUGCAACCAGCCCACCCAGCAGCAUAAUAGACAACGCUCUGUGCACCUGGUUUCCAUGGUGAUUGUGACCUUCCUGUUCUGCUUUCUGCCCUAUCAUAUGAUUCGACCGCUGCACCUGCAUGCCAUUUUGGGCAACUGGAACUGUAAUGUCAUAGUGGUGCUGCAGCGGACAGUGGUUUUGACGCUGUGUAUGGCGGCAUUUAACAGUGUGGUCAACCCUCUGCUGUACUACUACUCAGCCAAGACGUUCAGAAAGGACAUGAGGGACGUUUCUCUCUCUCUGUUUAACAGAGAGAGGUUUUCCUUCAUGCUCAGAGGUCAGCUGUGAGGACCAAAACUGAAACCUGAAAAACCUUCAAGUUCAUCAGUCAGCUCUGUAGCUCGGCCAAUCAAAACAGUCUGCCUCGUUGAACAAAGCGUCAAGGAUCAUCACAUUUAUUUCUUUUUAAGAGACAGAUUUCAACUUUCAUGCAUAAAUUGAGUGAAAUCACUUCCAGCUCUGCAGACAUCUAUUAUUCAAGAGGGUUCAAGAGUUUUUGAGGAGGAUCCAGGUGUUGUUGCGUUCCAGAUGUUGUUAAGAAUCCACCCGUUGUUGAGGAGGAGGGUUCUCAUCUUCAGUAGGAACCAAUGGGCUCAUAGGUGAGAGCCAGAAAGAACAAGCAACGUAAUGUUGGUUUGGCUUGUUUCAUCGGAUGUGUGUGGUAGUAACUUUCAGUUUAAUGGACUGUAAAUGGUUUAAGUGUUUUCCAGAGAAGCGUCUUUGUUUACAUGUUUGUGUUGCUCUGUAAACUUCAGUCACGUAGAACAGAAAUUUCUUCAUGUGAAAAUCGCAGGGGAACUGUCUUCUACGUUCUCUCCUCCCACUGCAUGUUUGUGUUUGUUCUUACAGAGUUUCACACAAAAAUAAUCCUCAUGUCUUGUACUUGGGAACACGUGUGGUUUGUUUCCUGGUUAAGAUCCAGUUUGUAAACCAAAUGACACAGGAAACCAUCGAUCUCAGCAACUUAAGCCAAACAUAAUAUGCAGAUUUAUUACAGUUGUAAUAACCCCACUGACCUGUAGAGGGUGUUACUCCACCCGGCUGGUGAUAAUAUAUUGUAGAUUACUGACAUGUAAACAGUAAAGAUAA